GUGUUCCAGGUUUGUAGUUAAAAAUGUCGCUGUUAAUGAACGCUUGCGCUUUUUUAGUCAAAGUCCUCCUUCUACCGAUGUACAUUGCGGAGGUAACUGGACUUUUAUCUUUCUACAAACGUGUUUUUCCUCUAUUCAUCUAUACAUUUACGUAUAAAUACAAUGACAAAAUGAACGACAGCAAAAGGGAACUAUUUCGAAACCUGGAGAAAUUUUACCCCCCGAAAGGCUCUCUGCGCAUCUUGGAAGUGGGCUGCGGAUCCGGGGCGAACUUCGAGCACUACCCGACGGGCUGCAAGAUCACAUGCACUGACCCCAACCCGCAUUUCCAAAAGUACCUAAAGAAAACUAUGGCUAAGAACGACCACCUCGUUUAUGACAGCUUCAUAGUGGCUUCCGGGGAGAAUCUAAAGGCGGUGGAGGACAACUCAGUGGAUGUUGUGGUGUGCACACUGGUUCUGUGCUCAGUCAAUGAUACGCCGAAGGUUCUGCAAGAAGCAAAGAGAGUUCUGAGGCCUGGAGGAGCAUUUUUCUUCCUUGAACAUGUGGUGUCUGAGCCCUCAAGCUGGGUUUACUUUUUUCAACAUGUUUUUCAACCAUUCUGGUACUAUUUCGGUGAUGGGUGUGAGACAACCCGUGCUACUUGGAAGCAUCUUGAGGCAGCUGGCUUCUCUGACCUGCAGCUACGGCACAUGCAACCACCACUGUUCUUUUUGAUCAGACCACACAUUGUUGGUUAUGCAGUCAAAUAAUGAAAAUAAUUCUGGCAAAAAGAUGCAAAACUGAUUCCUUUUACCAUCUACAUUUAAAUGUAUAAAAGCGCAAUUUGUGUUAAACCAUAAAAUAGAAAGUUUUUGUUUAAUGUGCAGAGAUUGAAUGAAUGUAGUCAUUAUCUUGUUGCAUGAGUAUGCUGUUUGUAAAACACAUCACUAUUAAGGUUCUGUAUGAAAAUACCAGCAGACAAAACAACAACUUUCAUCUGUACCCAUUUGGAGAUGAGUGCAUUCUAGCUUUUGUGAGGUCGUGGUUAAUGCAUAAAUGAGCCAUACUGCCAUCUAGUUGUUAGGAGCAAUGUAUGUCACAGGAGAGAGCAUUUAUAAAAGAAAAUAAACAUAAACUUGAUCCUUUGACAUAAUACUAAUAUACUUUUUAUAAUAUACUUUAGAAGUGCACCUUGUAUUCUCCAACUUUAAUUUUUGACAGACAUUGUUGGAUUUCCUGGAGUUCCUGUUAUAAAACAUUGUACUUUACUCACAAAAGUUACAGUUUUAGCUGAAAAAUUAGUACAAUGUAUUUUUACUAUAGAAAUGUAUUUGACUUACGUUUUGUUAAGGGGGGGAUUAAAUGACUUGAUAUGUUCAUGUUGUCUUUCACUGUGGAACCACUAUUCUUUAUAUAUGUUGUGAAUUGAACCAAAAUACAAUAAAGCUAUCAUUUUUAAA